AUCACAGACAGUUACAGACAGGUGAUUCCAGCAUCACAGACCGUUACAGACAGGUGAUUCCACAGUCAUCCACCAUUGCAGACCGAUGAAGACGAGUUAAAGUAUUAAGAAUAGGGAUUCGCAUUGCUUUUGAAGAUAAUUUAAUUAAUUAACUAACUAACUACAGCCUAAUUAAUUAAUUACCCUUCCGAGACCCUGAGAGACAAGGUUUGGAUCCAUCACAAACGGUAUUAGAAAUGCAGGGAGGAUAUAAAGGUGGAGCUAUGACUAUGAUACAGCUAUAUAGGCAACUCUGGACGUCGUUGUAGACCGACAUGAAUCGUAUCGGCGUACAAGCAAGGACCGGAUAGGGCUACAAUCUCGAUAAAACCUUUGAGCUGUUUCGGUUUUGCAUUUGUAGCUGAUGCAUUAAAGUAUAAUGAAAGAAAGAAUCCAGAAAGCGAUAGAACAAUACUUUAUGUGAUAAGAAGUAACAGUUUUGUCGUGUUUCACAUUUUAAUCCCGAAGGGAUUGCGCUAACAGCUUUUUUCUUUAGGUGAUUUCAGCUCGUAAAGGUGAAUUUGAAACAGGUUUUGAACGUAGUGGUCAAACACGUGAACAUGCUAUGUUAGCGAAAACAGCUAGUGUUCGUUAUUUAGUUGUUCUUAUUAAUAAAAUGGAUGAUCCAAUUGCUAAUUGGGAUCAAAGAAGAUAUGAUGCAAUUAAAGAUAAACUUACACCUUAUUUAAAAAAAUGUGGUUUUAAACCUGAUGAAGAUACUUUUUUUAUACCAUGUAGUGGAAUGAGUGAAGUUUUACUUCAAGAACAUCCAGGUGAAAAAAUAGGACCAACGUUUAUUGAACAUUUGGAUAGUUUACCAUCAUUUAAUCGAAAUAUUGAUAGUCCUCUUCGAAUGCCAAUUGUUGAAAGAUAUAAAGAAACGGGUGUAAUUGUCAUGGGAAAAAUUAAAUCUGGAUAUUGUCGUAUUGGUGAUCGAUGUUUAAUUAUGCCUCAUCGAACUCGUGUUGAAGUAACAAGUAUUUAUUAUGAAGAUAUUGAAACUGCUUCAUGUGUUUGUGGAGAAAAUGUUCGAUUAAAACUGAAGAAUGUUGAAGAAGAAGAAAUUUCGACUGGAUUUGUUCUAUGUGAUACUGAACAAGAACCUUAUGGUGUUGGACGAGUAUUUGAUGCACAAAUAAUGACAAUAGAGCUAAAAUCAAUUAUGUGUGCUAGUUAUUCUUUUGUUCUUCAUAUUCAUGCAGCAACUGUUGAAGUGGAAUUAAAAAAGUUAAUAGUAUUAAUCGAUCGUCAUACAGGUGAAAAAAUUCAAAAACAUCCACGUUUCAUUAAACAAGAUCAAGUGGCUGUAGCAAGAUUUGAAUUAUCUCAAUCGAGUCAAACAAUCUGUAUGGAACUAUUUAAAUGUUUUCCUCAGUUUGGUCGAUUUACAUUACGUAAUGAAGGUCGAACAGUUGCAAUUGGUAAAAUUCUUAAAAUAAUCGAAUAA